UUAUUAAUUUUAAAACUAGAAAUUUUACCCCUGAGGUAUUACAAUGUAUACAUUCCUAUUGGAUCUGUAGAUUAUAGGGAUUUAAGUCUACCAGAUCAAAAUUCAUUAACAUAUGUUUGUGGCUAUUUAAUGAAAAAGUGUUUAGAAAAACAUAGUUGUGAUGUUUGUAUAAAUUAUGCUAAAUUUCAACAAGACUUAGAUCAAUCAUUUUUGUUUUCUCAUUUUAAAGCAUAUACUAAUAAAGAAAAUUCAACUUAUGGCACUUUAAUGAUGCCACAUAAUGAUUUUUAUAAUUAUAUACAUAACUUAGAAUCUGCUUUUAUUCAUCGUUUUCCAAUACUUGCUCCAGAAAAUGAAGUAGAUAAAAAAAUAAAAUUAAGUAAGUUUGUUAGAUUCAGAAUAUUUUCUACAAUUAAAUUUCUAAACAAGGAUUUUUUUUCAGAAAAAUCAUUAAAAAAAAGAAAACUAGCUACUUUACAACAUUUAUAAUUCAUUGCUUAAAUUAACUCAUAAGUCAAAACCAUAACAUAACUUCAAUAUUGUACCUACAUAAUUUCUGACAAAUCCAGCACCUGUUGAUAUUAAUUCAUUUUUGUUUAUGACUAAUGUUUCAGUAUGCUAAGUCCUUUUCAGGACUAAACUAUAGCAAAAUACU